AAUCAAGUCUGGCUGUGACUCGGCUCCGUCUAGCGCUCCGCUUCAAGUGCCGCGUUGCUUCAGUGCGUUGUCGACUCUCGCGGAGGAAUCAUGUCAGUUUGUUCCGGCUCGACGAUCUACGAGCGCGAACGGUGCGUCUUCUCGUGCUAACAUUUUUUUCGUUUUUAUUUUUCUUUACGCAAAUUGGAUUUGGGAUUAUUUCUUGCUGCCCUUAGAAGUGAUUUUGUGCCUGAGUUGGAUUAUUUUUCUUUUUUUUGGAAAGAAUCUUGUUAGUGAACGGUGUCUGUGUCAGUGAUGGAAUUGGAGUUCAGUGAGUUUCCUAAAUGGAUUUAAAGGUGUGUUUUAGAUUUAUGAAGUAACGGCGGCGUAAGGUCUUAUGGCAAGGCCUACGGAAUACGACGAUCCACCUUCUGGCGACAAUCUCGACACCAUGUGGAGCAUGGAUGCCGCCGGGGUGGACUGCGAUUGUCCAGGUCCGCCCCCCGAAUUUCUGUUGCCGCCACCACCACGACCGCCCAUUCUUCAACCGGCAGAUCCCAUGUACUGCUCGGAGGAUCCUUUACCAAUAGAAACCUGUGACGCUCUACCGCUAAUCGAUGCUAGCUAUAGGAGUAGUCCCACUUUCCAGACAUCGGCUGUGAUAGUUUUGUGUUCCGUACUUCUUGGACUUCUUGUGUUUAUAGCAGUUAUUGUAAUUUGGAAACAUAAAAGAAAAGUACAAAAUUUCCUCCCCUGUAAAAAUUCCCCACGAAACAACUGUGAUGUAAAUGUGGCUGCGGGUAUCUACGAAGAUCCUCGCGAUGUCGUUCCGAGGCAAAACCACGCCCAACACCACCAUCCACAACUGGCUGGUAGGCAUACUGUCGCACCAUCAAUAGAGAUGAUCGACGUUAAAAACAAUAUCCACUAUCCCAGCGGCUAUCCCAUAUCUCAACACCCGCCCGUGUUCCUAUGUUCUUCUCCAGGACCUGAUCCGUACUGUUCCCAGGACCUCUACAAUCCAGUAUACGAAGAAUUAAGCGACGCAGACAGCGAACUAACGCCCGCCCAUCACAGCGAAGAUGAAUUUGCCGAAGACGAACUGUCAUUGGCUGGAGAAAUGGAAAGAAGAAGACUGGACAUUCCUCCGCCGCCAUAUCGACCAGAAACGUGUAUAAGGCGAGACAUCCCGAGGUUCCGAAGACCCCACGAGCCUCUGCCGCCAGUUCCGGGAAACAAACGCAAUCGCAGCCUGGACAGGCGGCGGCAAGAGUUCCACGAAGGAAUGCUCCUCGACGCGCUUCUUCAGCUGUAUCCCCGAGUGGGCAGUGUCGAACACCCGCCUCCUCGAGGACGACAGAUCCCCAGCAUCACCCAAAGGAUACAAUGUAUGACUCCCGGGCCCUACGAGACAGUUCCGGUCAUAGGGCACUUGGCUACUUUUAGGCCCGUACCGAAACCGUACUCCCAAGACUCGGCUCUAGGUUCCGAUUCGGGCUACAGUAACCACACGAGUAUUAGAAGUUCGAAUAGAGGUAGAAGAGAUCCUAGGAGACUAUCACAAUUAAGUGCUGAGUUGGCGUUGACUUAGAGAACGGUGUCUCGAGUUUUGCGAUCGACAAUGGCAAAAUGUAGUUAAAUUUAGUGCAAUUACUUAAAAGAACCGUAUUUCGUACUUCGUACUAUUUUGGUUGCGGUUUUGUGUAUAUCAAACAUUUUAGUUAUAUUAUGCGAAAAUAAUAGACAGGUAUACUCAUAUUGAUGAAGCAGUAACAACGUGCCACUGUAAUUAAUAGAAACAGAUCAAAUCAACAAGCCAGUUAUUAAUAAAAAAACUACAGCACACUAAGCUUAUCUCACGAUUAAUCUACGAUUUAGGUACUCACGAUUAGUGUACGUUUAUCGUACGAUUAAUUCACGAUUAGUAUUAUUAUAUUUAUAUUCGAAUAUCCUACGAUUACUUUACAAUUAUUCUAUGAUUAUCGUACGAAUAAUCUAAAAUUGUGUGCUCGAAUAUAGUCGUAAAUACAUGGUAGGCAGAUAUGAUUAUGUAUUUUCAUUCUUACAUUUGUGUACUUACUAUGAGGUUGUGACUGUUUCUCUAAAAUUUUCCUAAAUACUGAUAGUAAUCCGAAAACAAAGUACUAAAUUUAUUAUAUUUUGAUUAUUUAUUGAUUUUCUAAUGAAAAUGCUCCCUACGCUUUUCAUAAAAAAUUUAAUUAAAUUUCUCUGCUUCAUCAACUUUCUUCGCAAUUGAAUAACAAAAAGUUUCUUCAGGUCUGUCCAAGUGAUUCGUAGAUGAUAUCUUAUUUUGUAUGUCACUAUCAAUCCCAUCAUUCCAUCAGAUUAUUGGAGAGGGAGAUACUAAAUGGUUUCUUUCUCUGUCAUGCAGCAGCGUCAUACUAUGCUUACCGCUCAGAUGAAUAUUUUGACCUCCCUCACCAUAAUUCUCUUCAUCCUUUUUCUAUAGGAGAUAAGAUUCUCCAUGUUUUAUGUUUUCUUAAAACUACUUGGUUGAGGGACCAUGAUUUUUCCAUGGCGUAAACGAGAAGGACCAUAUAUUUUCUAAUAUACUAUUUAUUAAGUAUCAGUUGCACAUCAUAUUCAAUAAAUAAAACAUAGUUUACCACGCUAUUGCUUAGUUUAAGCUUAUUUCUCAUACUUCGUCACGUUCCCAUCUAUAGCUUUACUAAAUGAACAUAUCAAAUUUUGUUAAACUAGAAAAAACUUAAAAUAGCAUAAAUUGCUACAAAAAGUUUUCUUACUACUUUUAGUACCUACCAGUAUUUCUGACACAAUAUAAAAUUAUAAACUAUUUUGUUGUUUCAAUUCCUGUCAGGAAGGAAUUUUGUAAUCGAUUUUUAACUUAUAUAUUCGUUAGCAAUUACAAAUGAAUUGAAAAUUUUACAUGGCAUAGAAAGUAACGCCGUCUAUUGAGAAAACGAUCAUUGAGAUAACUAGUAGCGCCAUCUUUUGACAAAAGUGAGAACUAAUUUUACCGUAUAAAAUUUACAAUGGCUUAAAAUUUAAAAUAAAACUCAACACAUCCAUAUAAAAGCUGUUGAAUAUUGCAUUGUCAUCGACUUCUGAGCUAUUCUGAAAAUUUCAGAUCUCUAGCUAGUCGGGAAGUAUGUUUAAAAUCGAUUACAAGAUUCCCGGACAAAAAAAACAGUCAAAGAACAGGCGAAGUAUAUAAAAACGUUUUAAAAAUGACCUUGUGGCUUCAAAAAUAUGAUUUAUGAUAAAAAAGAAACAUAAAAAUGGUUUAAUUUAAAUCAAAAAAUAAGUUUGAAACAAGUAUCGAACAUUGCAUUUCAUACCAAUACUAACUGUCUUUAGUAAGUUAAGAAAAUAUUUAUGUUGAAUAAAAACUUUCUGGUACACCUUGUACCUAAUUUGGCACACGCAAAGUCGAACAUUUCGCUAUUAACAAAAUACACAAACCGCACCCAAAGCAGUACGAUACACCUUUAUAAUUUACCAAAGUGUAUAAAUUGUAAUUUUACAGUUCCAAGUCUGACUAAUUAUUAUAAUUAUGAUAUCAAUUAUAGAUUAUAAUUGCAGCCGAUGCCAAUUUAUUAUUUGCUUAAUGACGGAAAAUAAGGAUAACUGGGAAAGUUUCUGCAUCAUUAGUAGAGUCAUUUUAAAUAUCUGGAUCCAGAACAGCGGCGUAUCAAAAAAUGUUUCGAACGGACGUCACUCAAAGAAUUGUACGAAAUAAUAUCGGCUAAAAGGUGAUUUUAGCUAAUUUGAAAUUUAUAUAUUUCAAAGAGCACAAUUAUUCUAUUAAUUUCCUUGUCAUAGACCCCACUUGUAUCUUACAGGUUCACAGGUACUUGAAUUUUGUCAAAUUUUUAUUUCUCGGUGGAAAUGAAUGGUUAUUCGCCCUGACUAGAGAACUUAAUUUUCUUCAGAACCAAUACAUGAAUACUUUUCUCUGUGGAUAGCGACGCCCAAUCCAUAUCUUGAGUAUCUCAUUUAUCCCAUAUACUUACUGUCAUCUGCUUCUUCUUUCAGUCUAAUCUAAAGUUCAGUUUCCAUUCUGAAAUUCCUGUUUCCGGCAUUUUUAGUUCUUGUGUUCUGUUCAUUUCUCGUAGCUUUUGUUUCCCAACACUUCCAUCUUGCCUCACCGUAUUUAUACCACUAUAAGGAAUUUCUUUACCUAGUUCAUCUCUCUACUUUCAUUCAUCUGUGUAUUUUUUGUAUUUGAUGUUCUAGGUAGAUCUUCUUUUAGUUCUAACUAAUCCUUUUGUCUGUGCUCUUGAUCUGUUGCUUUGUUUUCAUCUUUUCGAUGUUGUAGUAUUCUCAGUCUUUUGUGACUUUUUAUUUCCAGAAUUUCCUCUCAUUAAUUGUCAAACCAUUUUCGUUUUGGGUUAUUCCCCAUUUUUGUUCAAUGGUGUCCUGUUUGUUCUAUAACUGUUGCCAUUUGCUGCCAUGCUUGCGCUAUCUCUAUUAUCCUCUCGUAACAAUUGGAAUAUUUUGCUUUUUUAGCUCAGGCCUUUUAACAAUGGCCUAAAUCAUCUGCAAAUAAGAAUAUUAAGCGGGUAUCGUUUACCUCAACAAUCAUUCUAUAUGCUUUCCUGUCUCUUUAACGGCUGCUGCAACGUAAAUUCUGAAAUACUCGGAGAAAUAUAGUAUUCCUGCCUAAUCCCUUUCGUUAAUGCAAAAUUGUUAAUGAAGAAGAAUUUUGUCUUAAUUUUUUGUUUUAUGCGAAUACAUUAUCUGUAUUAAAGUAAAAGUGGACGAUGAAUUAACUGACCCAAUUGAAGCCGGCAAGGGAUGACAUGGGGAUUGCUUGAGUCCUUUAUUGUUCAACCUGAUCAUGAACGAAAUAAUAAAAAAGUAAGAACUAAAAAAGGAUACCAAAUGGGAGAAAAACAACUUAAAAUAAUCUGCUAGGCGGGCGAUGCAAUACUAAUCUCUCAAAGUGAUGAUGAUUUACAACGUAUGCUGCACCGAUUCAACAUAAUCGCCUGAAAAUUUAACAUGUUAAUUUCCUCCCAAAAGAAGCAUGGUUAUAACAGCAGAUCCAAUAAGAUGUAAAUUGGAGCUGGAAGGUCAGAUAAUAAAACAAGUGAUGGAGUUUAAAUACCUAGGCAUCACACUAUCCAGCUACGGAAGGCUCGAAACAGAAGUGGAAGAUCAAGUGAAUAGAGCAAACAGAGCUGCAGGUUGCCUGAAUGACACAAUAUGGAGAAAUAAAAAUAUCGGAAAAGAAAUGAAAGGCAGAAUUUACCAAACAGUCAUCAGACCAAUAAUGACAUACGCGGCAGAAACACGACCCGAUACAGAGAGAACAAAAAGAUUGCUCGAAACAGCAGAGAUGAAAACCCUUCGAAAAAUCGAUGGUAAGACUCUGUGGGACAGACGGAGAUGCAAGGUGUAUAACAUUAAUAACUGGGUAAGAAACAUAAGAAUAUAAUGGAAUGACCACAUAAGCCGAAUGACAACAAAUAGGAUAGUCAGGGCAGCGAGAGACGGUUCCCCAAUAGGAAGACGAUCAGUGGGAAGACCACGAAAACGAUGGAAUGACAACUUACUAGAGGCACAUUGAAAAAAACAGACACAGUCAUGUAUAUUCAAAAAGAAGAAAAUGAAGAAGACAUUAUCUGUGUAGGAGCGACUAGCUCUAAAUACACCUUGUUAUUUAUAUUUGUAUUAAUUAUAUUCGAACUCUAUUAAUACUCUUAUGCCUGGUUGCACCAACAAAUCUUAAGCUCCAGCUUAGCCCAGCUGAGCCCCUAGAUCCAUAAUUUAUCGAUUUUUAUCUAAGCGCAUCUUAACUGAGACGAAGUUUAAGAUGUAGUCCACGUGGCAAUCCAUUUUUUCACGCAGAAAAUUGAUCUAAGAAUCAAUAGUGCAACGCGUAUGUUUAAUAAGCUGAGCUUAAAGCACGUCUUAAGCUUAAGAUCUGUUGGUGCAACCAGGCAUUAGUAUUAAGAUACAUCUACUGACCAUACUUGUUACUGAAAUUUCUCUGUAAUUUUCAGUAGGUAUUUCUCUUCUUUCUUGAGUGUUCCCAUCCAUGACAUUUUACUGCCUAUAUUAUAAAAUAAGAACUUAAUUAACUCGAACAUUUCGUUUCCGAAAUUAUUCUUUUCGACCAGGAAAUAAAGAUUUUUUCCAAAAUCUUAAUAAUUUAUAGCAAUCAUUGUAGAAAAGAAAUGUUUACACUAUUAAUAUUUAUGAAAACGUACUAAAAUUGUACACUUACCAAAUAAAUAUGAUAUCCCGUUCGAAACAUUUUCUUGCCACGCCGCUGUUCCAAAGUAAAGUUAAACUUGUUUUCGUGUUUAUCAGUGCAUAUGUUUGUGUUAAAUUUAUUCACCACCGCUGGUUUAAUUUAAUUAAAAAUGAGAAAACUGCCGAUUGAUUUUUGUUGGUAGGUUACUUUGUUUUUAUGGAAUUAUUUAAAAACUGUCUGAAAAUAUUUUAUAAAAUUAAUACAUACAGAAUAUCAUCGAGAACUUUUGUAAUUAUUAGACUGAAACGCAGAAAAAGUUGUGGUAAAAGUAUUUUUUUAGCGAACUACAAAAAGUUUUGAAAGUUGAUACUAAUAUAGAUAUUUUUUUCUAUUUUUAUGAUAUUUGUGCUUGGCUUAUCUUUUUAUAAUAGAAUGCCGCAUUAUUUAGGCUGUGUUCAUGAAAGUUCUUUAAUUUUUUUCGUUUCUUUUAUAUGACAGCAAAAUUAAUCAGAUGCUGUGUUUUCUCUAUAAAUUCGGUAAAAUGCUCUUUACAUUGGUUUAUAAUAUUUCUUCACAUGUAAGGGUUUAAAAGAAAACUAUACAGUGUGUCAAUUUGAAAAGUGGCCACCCUCUAUAAUUUGGUCAAAAAUAUGCAAAAAAUAUGCACGUCAAAUUUAUUUGUGAGGGGAAUAUUUUGUAGACCAAUUUUCAACUAAAUUACAUCAACCCUUUAGCGGGAGCUAUUACAUCCCUCAAAAUAUUUAUUAUAAAAAGGGGUUGAGUGACACCUCAUUUUAAAGGUCGUUUUAUAUAUAUAGCAUUUGACCUUGCAUGCGGAUCUGCCAAAAUUUUAUUUUUCUGCCAAUAGUAGUGUAAAUUUAAAAUCUCGUGUGAAUUCUGUCGUUGCGUUAGCCGCCGCGCCGUCCUGAUUUAAAGGAGGACCAUUUUUGCACAAUAUCUCAGCCAUUUUCAACUUUUAAACAAAAAGUGUGAUGACUGAUUUUUCUCGAAGAGUUGAAAAUGGUCGAGAUAUUGAGCAAAAACCGCCAUCUUGGUUUCGCUUUAAAAUCAAUAUGGCGGCUAAGGAAGCGUUCAAGUAUUACGUAACGCAAUUUUUGAAGAUUUUUGACCCCCCCCCCAUAUAACGCACCGUAACGUUUUUAUGUACCCCCCUCCCCCUAUCUAAACGUUACGUAACACCCAAGUGACCAUUUGAACCUAAAUGGAACCUAAAUUUCGCAAGAAAGCUUGCGAAAAGUACCGGAAACUCGGUAAAAGAACUUUGUUAUUAUUUUAAUCGCAUUUAAGGUAAUAAAAAAAACUCACAAUCAUCAUCCAGCCUCAAAAGUCCACUGCUGAACAUAGGCCUCCUCCCAUCGUUUCCAACCACGUAUAUCCUGCGCCGCUCUCAUCCAGUUUUUAUUUAGCUUUUUUACGUCGUAUGUCCAUCUUGUAGGCGAUCGACCGACGCUUCUCUUGUCUUCUCUUGGCCUCCAUUCCAAUAACCCUUUUGUCCAUCGCCCUUCUGUCAUUCUGGCUAUGUGUCCUGUCCAUCUCCACUUCAACCUGGCUAUCCUUUUGAUGACGUCAGUCACCUUUGUUCUUCUCCUGAUUUCUUCGUUUUUGAUUUUGUCUCGCAGAGUUAUUCCUAACAUUGACCGAUCCAUUCUUCUCUGCGUGACUCUUAGUUUGGUAGCCGAGGCUUUAGUUAAGGUAUGUGUUUCUGAUCCGUACGUCAAGACUGGGAGGACGCACUGGGAGGAUGAUGGGAGAUGUGGGCAACUCACUUUUAAAAGUCUCUCUCAGUUUUCCAAAUGCUGUCCACCCAAGAACGUUUCUUCUUUUUAGUCCAUGUGUCUGGUUAUCCCUGCCAAUCGUAAUUUCAUGUCCCAUGACCUGAAAUAUGUCCAAAACUUACAAUAAUAAUCUUUUAAAAUCUAAUUUUACAUUUACAUUUUCCCUGCUUGGCCAUAUACUUACAUACAUUUUUGGCUUCAUCCUUUAUUGUUCUUCUCAUGGAUUCUUCUAUUUUAUCUUUUUUAAUAAAAAGUUAAAAUAAAAUAACAUAUUUAUUAUUUCAACAUUUUAUUUUGCUUAGUAAAAAUUUUUGUAUAACAAAUAAUAUACGAUGUUGCCAGUAGUUUCGGAAAAAUAGUGAAAAAAAUGUGUAAAACUUUUUGUUCUUCAACGCCCUGUAUCGUGAAAACGCAUGCCGUUGCAAAAAUUUUAUACUAAGCAAACCCCAAUUAUUUUUCAGUUUUUCACCUAUCUUAGAGAACGUGUUACCUUUUUCUGAAACACCCUGUAUAUAUUAGAAGGCACUUAUGGAAUACAAUUAUUUCUGUGUACAAUACAAUAUAAAAAUGUGUACUUUUUAAACAUAAAUUCAAAUGUACAGGGUGAUUCAUCGUAGUUCAUAAGCUUUAUUUUUUAACACCCUGUAUAUUUUUAUAUUUUUAAAGCUGCUUAACAAUCUGAUUUCAUGGUCUUUAUGAAUAAUACAGGGUGAUCAUUUAAAAUUAUAAUGUAUGGAAACCACUUAUGGAAUAAAAUUGUUUUUGUCAUGUGUCAUUAUUUUAGAAAAUUAUAAAAACGCUAGGAUACGUCAACUUUUAAAUUCAACUAUGGACUAUUUAAACAUAAAUUUGAAUAUACAGGGUGAUUCACUCAAGUCUAGCAUAGUCCAUUAUCUUUAAUUUUAAUUAAACACCCUGUAUAUUUUUGUUUUUAGAAGCUGCUUAACAACCUCAUCUCAAAAAUGUGUAUUAUGUAGGGUCUAUUAUGAAUAAUGCGAGAUGAAAUUUUUAAAUUAUCUAUAAUUUUCGUCAAGAUAUUAAUCACAUAAAACUUUGAAAUUAAUCAUUCAGGAAUCACACUUUCAAUAAGGGUAUUAUUAUUUUUUUAAAUAUCUAUCAAUUUUCUAAACUAAGUAGGUAUCAGUAUAGUGCCUUUUUGCUGCACAUUGCAUAUUUUGGGAAAAGAAGUAAGUGUCCGAAUAAUUUUGCAGACAAAUAGUUUUUCUUUCAAAAAUAUUUUCAAAAGUAUCAGGAUAUUUCAGAUCUUUCUAUCUUGCCUUGCAGACUUAUCUUGAUUAUAAAAUAAUGUAUUUUUUAAUACUGUUUCCCCUUUCUUUUGCUAUAACUAUCACGCAGAAGUCAAACAACUUUAAAUUUUUUAUUGAAUUUUUUAUUUUUUUUAUAUUCAAAUUAAUGAAUUAGAUGAUAUUCUGUAUAUUUAAUUAUUAUAUAUUACUCUCCAUUUUAUGAAUGCAUAAAGUUGACUUAACUUUCUGACUUAGUAACACUUAUUUCACCCAUAUAUCACACGCAAAGAAAGAAAGUUAACAUUUGUGCAUGUAGCGCUUAUAUUUUUAGUAAAAAGAGAUAUAUAAAUAUUUAUUUGUACUCACAUACGUGAGCAUAUAGUUUGGGAUAUAAUGUUAAGUCAAUAACAGUUACUAUACCAGUAGAACGAGUCUAUUUAGAUUUUGUAAUAUCCGAGCAGUAUAGCUGUUGUAUCAAUUUUGAGUUCUGUGAAAAUAUAAAAUACAACAUUCCACUUAAAGUAUAUAUUAUAGCCGAUUCACAUCAGUUUCCCCACUCGAUAGGAUUGUAACAUUUGUAGAAAUUUGUAAAUAUUUCUUGUAUAUUUUGGGACUCUUUUGGCCAACCAAAGUUUUUUAGAAUUGAAGAAAAUUUCUAUAUUAUCUCUUAAAGUGUACUAUAUUGUAUAUUAUGUUUAUAAACUAUUUAUAAUUUAUUAUUGUAUAUAGGUAAAACCGAUACAAGUUUCAUUAUGUAUUUAUUACGAAUACCUUCUUUCAAACACUGAAUCACUUUUAGAAAUCAUAGAAUGUUGUUCUAAAUACCAUUUUUGUCUAAUAAUAAAAGUACUUUGAUCAUCCCUUUCAUUUGACAUUUACGUGUGAUUGAUUCUCUAUUUUUUUUGUUUUUAUAGAAAACUUGCCUUUAAUCUUCUUUUGGUAAUUAAGCUGUUAGAUACC